GCCCGCCGCCGGAAGAGAAGCGGGUCUCUUCGGAGCCGGCCAUCUUGUGCGGCAGCAAGUAGGGCGCGGGGGGCCCCGGCAGCAUCGGAGGAGGAUCCCGCCGACGGGGGCCCAUCAUGCCCGGACACCUGCAGGAGGGUUUCGGCUGCGUCGUCACCAACCGCUUCGACCAGCUCUUUGAUGACGAGUCCGACCCCUUCGAGGUGCUACGGGCGGCCGAGACCCGGAGGAAAGAGAGCGGCGGCGGUGGCGGCGGGAGCCAAGGAGGCGGCGGGGCCCGCGGUGGCCCGGCAGGCUCCCAGACCAACUCCUCCGGCGGGGCUGGCGGUGGAGGCCCUGGCCAGGCGGGCGCUGGCGGCGGCGGUCCCGGCAGCGCGGCUAAGCAGCUGCGCAGGGAGUCCCAGAAGGAGCGCAAGAACCCGCUGCCCCCCUUCGCCGCCUCCGCUGGGGGCCCCGGUGACCGCCGAGAGGAGGGCAGCGGCCAGCCCGGCGCUCCGCUGCGCAAGGAGGGGAUAAGGCGCAUUGGCAGGAGGCCUGAUCAGCAGCAGCAGCAGCAGCAGGGUGAAGGCAAACCCAUUGACAGGAGACCAGAGAGACGACCUCCUCGUGAGCGCCGCUUCGAGAAACCUGCCGAUGAGAAAGCUGAAGGAGGAGAAUUUUCUGUUGAUAAACCCAUCCUUGACCGACCUAUGCGUGGCCGUGGUGGACUGGGCAGAGGCCGUGGCCGCGGCCGUGGCAUGGGCAGAGGAGAUGGCUUUGACUCUCGUGGCAAGCGUGAAUUUGACAGGCACAGUGGCAGCGAUAGAUCUUCUGUUUCACAUUUCAGCGGGCUAAAGCACGAGGACAAGCGCGGUGGCAGCGGAUCGCACAACUGGGGAACCGUCAAAGAUGAACUAACUGAGUUGGAUCAGUCAGCUGUUACUGAGGAAACGCCGGAGGGAGAGGAACAUCCACCUGCUGACUCUGAAAACAAAGAGAAUGAGGUUGAAGAAGUAAAGGAAGAAGGCCCUAAGGAAAUGACCCUGGAUGAGUGGAAAGCUAUUCAAAGUAAGGAUCGUGCAAAAGUGGAGUUCAACAUCCGUAAACCAAAUGAGGGUGCUGAUGGGCAAUGGAAAAAAGGAUUUGUUCUCCACAAGUCAAAGAGUGAGGAGACAAAGGCGAUGACAGAAAUGCAGGGGAGUCUGCUGGAGUCAAAUGAGGCUCAUGCUGAGGACUCUGUAAUGGAUCAUCACUUCCGCAAGCCAGCAAAUGACAUCACAUCCCAACUGGAGAUCAACUUUGGAGACCUUGGCCGCCCCGGACGUGGCGGCAGAGGGGGCCGAGGUGGCCGAGGACGUGGUGGCAGGGCCAGCCGUGGUGGCAGAACUGACAAGUUGGUUAAGGAGUUUGAUGUGAUCCACACACCUAACCAGUCAAGUGCUUCUGCUCCUGAUGUAGAUGACCCAGAGGCUUUCCCAGCUCUGUCCUAAACUGGAUGUCAUAAGCCAACCCUGCCCUCGUUGGGCCUUCCUCUCCGAGGCUUGCAUGCUUAAAAGGAUCCUAAACAACUUAAGAAAUGUAAAGAAAAAAAAAAAGAAAAAUACCACACACAAAGAGAAAAAAAAAACUAACUAAAAACCCAACAAAAAAAAAAAAAGGAGACUGUCAUUCAUACCAUUCACACCUAAAGACUGAAUUUUACCUGUUUUGAAAAUGAACUUCUCUCGCUACACAAGAAGCAACAAAUAUGGUAGUCAGUUUUGUAUUUAGAAAUGUAAUGGUAGCAGGGAUGUUUUCAUAAUUUUUUCAGAGAUUAUGCAUUCUUCAUGGAUACUUUUUUGUAUUGCUGCUUGAAAAUAUGCGUUUCCAAACUUGAAAAAAAAGGAAAAAAAAAAAAAAAAGGAAAAAAAAAAGCCUACAAAACAAACAAACAAAAAACCAAACAAAAAAAAAAUAUAGGUGUGAACAGUGUGUACCAGUUCAAAGCUUUCACUUCGUUUGUGGGGUUGGUUUUGGUUUGGGGGUUUGUUUUAUUUCUUUCCCUUUGGAAUUUUCCAAAAUUCCCUCCUCUUUUCCCCCCCCUCCUCCAGGUUUAAAUAAUUGCACCUUUAGCAGUUUGGGUUUUUAGUGGAGUGUGUGGAAGGUGGGGGGUUUUGUUGUUGUUUUGGGUUUUUUGGGGGUUUCUCCUCUCAAAAAAUGGGGCACCACCUCUUUUUAGUAGGUUUUUAGUGGAUACUUGGAGGAUGUUUUCAUUUGGCAGCCUCUGUUGUGUUGGGUUUUUUUUCUCUCUCCACUCAAAAACUGGGAUUUAAUCAUUGCACCUCCUUUUCAGUAGGUUUUUAGUGGGUGCUUGGAAGAUGUUUUCUUUUUUUUACCCUCAAAACCUGGGGCUAAAUCUUUGCAUCUCCUCUCUAGCAAGUUUUUUGUGGAGUGUUUGGAAGGUGUUUCCAUUUGGCAGCCUUUUUUUCCCUCUCCACUCAAAAACUGGGAUUUCAUCAUUGCACCUCCUCUUCAGUAGGUUUUUAGUGGGUGCUUGGAAGAUGUUUUCAUUUGUUUUUUUUUUACCCUCAAAACCUGGGGCUAAAUCUUUGCAUCUCCUCUCUAGCAGGUUUUUAGUGGAGUGUUUGGAAGGUGUUUCCAUUUGGCAGCCUUUUUUUCCCUCUCCACUCAAAAACUGGGAUUUCAUCAUUGCACCUCCUCUUCAGUAGGUUUUUAGUGGGUGCUUGGAAGAUGUUUUCAUUUGUUUUUUUUACCCUCAAAACCUGGAGCUUUGUCUUUGGAUCUCCUCUCUAGCAGGUUUUUAGUGGAGUGUUUGGAAGGUGUUUUCAUUUGGCAGCCUUUAUUUCCCCUCUCCACUCAAAAACUGGGGUUUAAUCAUUGCACCUCCUGUUUUUAGUGGGUGCUCAGAAAAUGUUUUCAUUUGGCAGCCUGUUAGUUGUUUUUUUCCCCUCAAAAACUGGGGUUUAAUCUUUGCAUCUCCUCUGUUUAGCAGGUUUUUAGUGGAGUGUUUGGAAGGUGUUUUCAUUUGCAGCAUUCCCCCCCCCCAAAAAAAAACCUUGAGGUUUAAUUAUUGCACCUCCCCUUUUUAGAAGGUUUUUAGUGGGUGCUUGGAAGAUUAACUUAUUCCAGGAGUUAAUUUUAAUGCUUUCAGCCUAAACAAAAACAUUUCUGUGUGGUUGAUGCAAACUCUUCCUAUAAAAUAUAUUGAGGAACAGGUUGCCCAGGAAGGUUGUGGAUGUCCCCUCCCAGGAGGUGUUCAAGGCUGGGUUGGAUGAGGCCUUGAGCACCCUGGUGCUGUGGAAGAUGUCUCUGCCCAUGGCAGGGUGUUGGAACUUGAAGGUCCCUUCCAACCCAAACCAUUCUCUGUGGCCAAAAAAAGUUUUUUUAAUUACCUCCUUUUUAUUUUGUGGGUUCCCUGUCAAUGGGAGUAACUUUUCCUCUUCUUGGAGGUGGGAGGUGGAGGAAGGUGGUAGCUUGAUCUGGUGUCCAACAGGAUUUGUGGAUGGGAUGUGGAAUUGAACCCACAGAGUGUCAGUAUGGGUACAGCAGUACCUGGCUAGUUCUGUUCUGAGUGUGCCCACAGCACUGCUGCUGCAAGAGCAGCAGGGCCUCUGAGGAACCACAGGGUGGAGCUCUACCUCCACUGCAGACUGAGACACUGCGUUUGUGAGACGGCACUAAAUGACCAGAGGAAACAGCCUCCAGUUGCAGCAGGGUGGGUUUAGGUUGGACGUUGGAAGAAAUUGCUUGACUGAAAGCGUUAUCAAACACUGAAACAGGUUCCCCAGGGAGGUAGCUGAAUCCCUUGACAUUGGAGAUACUGAAAAGAGGCAGAGAUGUGCUGAGGGACAUGAUUCAUUACCAGCCUUGGUAGAGUAAGUGAAUGGUUGGGACUCAAGGACAUUAAAGCUCUUUUCCAACCAAACCAAUUCUAAAAAGAUAGAGAACAAUCCCCACAAUGCUUCACCAUUCCAGCAUUCCCAGUAUUAGAUGCUUUUAAGGUUCUAGGUGCUGGGCCAACUUGUCUAGACUGUCCCUCCCAAGAGAGACUCUACCAGAUGAUCCAAGAAGGGUUGGACAGGACCAUGAUCAACCUGCCUUAGCAGGAGGUGUCCCUGCCCAUACUAGUAGGGUUGGACUACAUAAUCUUGGAUAACCCCUCCAACUCAAAGCACUUGUUGCUUCUGUGAUCCUUGAGGUCCCUUCCAACCCAAACCAUCUGAUGAUUAUCUGAUCCCUGAGGUCUCUUCCAAACUGGUGUGUGAAAGCUCUGCUGUGGCUCUGUGCCGUGUCCGCUCCGAAUGACAGCUGACUGCUAAAUGUUUUUCAGAGGUCAGGAACACACUGUAGGUUUAAUUUAACCCCUGUGUUGCAGGAAUGUGAGCACUUGAGGACACAGAAGGUGCUGAGGGAAUGACUGAGGAGCGUUUUGGUCAGGAGACUAGAAUCAGGUUUCUUGUCUUUAAGGCUUUACACUUUGGACAGAUGUUUGUAGUUUCAUAACGAAGUAGACAGCAAGAAGCUGUACAGGACAGUCAAAAAGAAUUAAUUGGAGAUCUUUGAGCUAUCAAACUCUUAAGCUGAGGUGCUGAGUUGGCUUGCUUCAUCUGAACUCUUCUGCAGAAGUUUCUGCUUCCACUGUUUCUACCCCUGGGUGUUAGGCUCCCCUGUAGUUGGAGGAAGCGUACUGGCAGGAGACAGCAACGCUUCCACCAGUGGAUGCUAAAGCCUCUUGGUUUGUUUCUCCUGACCCUCUGCAGAUCAGAGGUCCUAGCACUGAGCUGCUCCUCUUCCUGUUUUGUGGCUGGGCAUGCCCAGUGUUAGGGCCACCAUGGUUAGUACCAUUAAACACCUUCAUGUGUAGAACCAUACUUGGAGGAGAAGCUUUCACUGCGAGAUAAACCUUCCUCCUCCUAGCCCAGCUGUCAGCUUGCUCUUCCAGUGGCCACAGUUUCAAUUCCAGGUGACUUCUGGGCCUGCCAGUGAGUUAUUUGGAUUCCUGCUGCUAACUGGACAUGGUCAGAAGCUUUUCCUCCUCUAGAAUUGUUUGAGUUCCUGCUAUCUGGACGUGGCCAGAAGCUUGACCUUCUGUAGAGCAGGUGUCUGAUGGCAUCGCCUAUGGUUUCCAAGACAGCUUGCACUCCAGACUUCUCUAUCUGCUGUUCUGGUAGAUGUACAUUUGCCUCUUUUUGGUCCAUUUGUGUCAAGAACUCAAAAUGUGAACAUGUUCUCUUGACUCUUGGUGGGUGUUAACUGAAAUAAAGGUUUAUUUUCGUGCUCUUCUAACAAA